GGCAAUACAUUCAACGAAAACACUUUGAAACAUACAGGAUAAAGUGAAGAACAGUAGAGGAAUAUAUGAAGGCUAUGCAAAUUCAUCUGAGGUCUCAUGGAAAGAAGCAUGUGCCCGUUCCUUAGGACUGCUUGAUGGAAAGGAAAUCAACAAAGACGGCAUACCAGUCAUUCUGUCAGUGGCUAGUUAUAGCUCGGUAAACUACAGUCACGUCAUGGAAAUAUUUUCUCAAUUCAACAGAAAUAGUCCAAUGGGGACGAGCAUUCCGCAAGUAUUAUUCAAAAACUUACUUUCGGUUAAGGACGAAAACAGAACUCCUUUCCUGGCUGCAGCAAUAGGCACAAAUGGAGUUAAACAGGCAAGACUGGUUCUACAGGCCAAAAAAGAGCGUCUGCUUCAACAACUUUUAGCAGAGACUCUUGGAGCGACUGUAGACGAGGCCUUGGUAACACAUCCGGAUGAGAUGGAGGCAAUUAAACAAUUUUCAGACACUGAGGUUACCAAGUCGAGAAUACCAAGGUGUAUUCUGGACUUCCUGGAAAAAGUCAGAAACAGCGAAAAUGUAGACGACAAUACAAACAUCGAAAUUGCCAUCACCAUAAAAAUAGAUGGAAAAGAAGUUGUCGGUGACAGGAUGAAUAUGAUAAAGAGAAAAGGGAUAAAAACGAUGGAGAGACUAGUCAAAAAAAUGAAGACAAACAAUGAAGAAUAGUUGUAAAAUUGAAUUAAGAACUGUACUUCAAUGUAUUACUUAAUAAAUAAUAAGUUCCCAGAAGUGGUUCAUCGUAGAAAAACCCAAGUUUUGAGUACUUAUGCCUAAGAAUAUAUCACAAAGGCUGUCGGCCUGCGUGAUAUAUUGUUUUGCAAAAGAAUGAAAAACUUGGGUUAUACUUCGAUAAAUCACGCUUGAGAACUUGUUUUGAUUCUAACAGGACAUACUAGUGUCAACAGUUAUAGACUAUAAGAUUCUUUCACUGGUUGUAGGUGCAGAUUGGAAUUUCUGAGGGUAACUGUUUAAGUGGUUACGAGGCUCCAGCCGAGUAAACGCGUAAACAGUUACCCGAGAGCCGGAUAUUCUGAUCUGCACCUACAGCCAGUGAUAGAAUCUUUUUCUUGCAUAUCAUAUUAUACAAAGAAAAGUAAACAAGAGGGCCAUGUACUUUAGUACUUGAGCGCUGUAACUUAACGCACUGUACAUUCAGAUUUUAAAAUAAAAUAUAAAUAUUUCCCAA